AUGGCGGCCAAAAGCGGCCGGAACGGGCUCCUGGACAAGAUCCAAGUGACUUCUCUGCCUGAUUUCUGCUUCUCCUUGCACCUUCUUUAUUUCCUUAACUUUCUCUGCACGUAUUUUGUGAUGAUGGGAAUCCUGACCAUUUAUACCUCAUACAAAGAGAAGAGUAUUUUCCUGGUGGCUCACAGGAAAGACCCGGCAGGGAUGGAUCCUGACGAUGUCUGGCAGCUCUCCUCCAGCCUCAAACGGUUCGAUGACAAGUACACCCUGAAGCUGACGUUCAUCAGCGGCAAAACCAAACAGCAGAGGGAAGCCGAGUUCACCAAAUCCAUCGCCAAGUUCUUCGACAACAACGGGACGUUGGUGAUGGAGGCCUACGAGCCAGAGGUGUCCAAGCUGCACGACAGUCUGGCCCUGGAGAGGAAAACCAAAUGAUUGCAGAGCCCGCCCGCCUCCACCAACGUGCUAAAUUAACACCAAUAAAGGCAAAUGGCAAAGAAAGUGAAUCAUGGCCUCUGUUUUUGUCCUGAAGUCCUAUUUUGGAUACGCAGGAAUUUUGAUCCUGCUCCCAAGAUUUAUGGAAGCUCAUGGCUAAGCUUGGUCUGUGUGCCUGYCUUCCUGGCUCUGAGGAGGACCCCGAAGUUGGAUUUUGGGGACCCCUGGGAGGGGAAACACAUCACCAAGGCUGCCCCAGCUUCCUCUGCUUCACCUGGCAGUGCUUUGUCACGUGCUCCRUGUCCAGGGGGUUGUACCAAUCCCACCUUUCUGUUUUGUGUUAGGAGUUCAGGACAAAACCCUUCYGUGAAACAACCGUCCCCUUGCAAACAAGUUUGCUUUAUUUUUGUAUUUAUCUAACUGGGGGGAGAGGAUUGUUUUAUAUAAAGACCUUUUAUGUGUUGGGGGGGAGAAUCAAAUUGCUACUUCUGUGUGCUCGGCCACGAAGCUUCUCAGAAAGUGUAAAAAAUUUUCAAAGCUGUGUCUGUCUGUCUGUCCGUCCCAUGGUUCCCUUGUGGCAUCUCCUGUUCCACACGUCCCUUCUGUCAACUGGCAUUUUUUAAAAGAGUGAUCUUUGGGUUGUUUUUUCAAUAAAAGGGAAGAACAGA